AUGUAUCAUCCGACGAGAGGCGGUGUUCGUGGUGGUCGAGAUCAAUUUAGUUGGGAUGAAGUGAAGGCUGAUAAAUAUAGGGAGAACUAUUUGGGUCACAGUGUCAAGGCCCCUGUUGGAAGAUGGCAAAAAGGUAAAGAUCUCAACUGGUAUGCUAGAGACAAAAAAGGAGGAGGUUCCAACACGGAUGCUGUGAAAGAGGAGAUUCAAAGAGUUAAGGAACAGGAGGAACAAGCCAUGAGGGAGGCUCUGGGUCUGGCGCCAAAGUCCUCUACAAGACCACAAGGCAAUCGCCUUGACAAGCAAGAGUAUACUGAUCUUGUGAAGAGAGGUUCAACAGCCGAGGACUUGGGUUCAGGGAAUGCUGAUGCAGUCUGGGUUCACGGCCUUGGCUAUGCAAAGGCACCACGACCAUGGGAAGAUCCCAGCACUCUUACAUCAUCUCAGACAGAAGACGCAGGGCCAGCACGUCUGCCAACAGAUACACCAGGGAUUAAAACUGUUGAAAAUAGACCGGAUGAUACUGAGAAGGACCAAAAGAAAGAUAGGCAUGAGGAAAGGAAACCUGCCAAGAGAGAGAAGGAAGAGAGACAUGAAAGGCGCGAUAAGCGUGAGAGGCAUGAAAAGCGACGCACUCGUGAUUCAGAUGAUAGAAAGAAACACAAGAAAGAGAAGAAGGAUAAAAAGAGGAGGCAUGACUCUGAUUCUGAUUGA